AUGCCCACUGUUGCCGUUGACAAGGCUGAUCUUUACGAGCUUCUCGGUAAGGAGUACACCACCGAAGAGUUUGACGAACUCUGUUUCGAGUUCGGCAUUGAACUCGAUGAAGACACCACCGAAGAUGUCAAGGGUACCGACGAACGGCCUCAGUUGAAGAUCGAAGUCCCCGCCAACCGGUACGACAUGUUGUGCAUUGAAGGCAUUGCCCAAGCCCUUAACGAAUUCUUGGGCAACAAGGAAGCUCCCAAGUACACCCUCAACCCUGCCACUCCCGAAGUUACGUUGACUAUCAAGGAACUGGUUAACGAAGUCAGACCCUACGCCGCUGGUGCGAUUUUGCGUGGUAUUGAAUUCGACGAAAGAAAGUACGACUCUUUCAUCGCUUUGCAAGACAAGUUGCACGCCAACUUGUGUCGUAACAGAUCGUUGGUGGCUAUUGGUACCCAUGAUCUCGACAAGUUGACCCCUCCUUUCACCUACGAAGGAUUGAAGCCUGAAGACGUCAAGUUCGCUCCUCUCAACCAAACCAAGGAAAUGACUGGUCCCGAAUUGAUGGAAUUUUACGAAAACGACAAGCACAUCGGUAGAUUCUUGCAUCUCAUUCGUGAUUCCCCCGUGUACCCCAUGAUCUUGGAUGCCAACCGUACUGUGGGUUCGAUGCCUCCUAUUAUCAACUCCGACCACUCGAAGAUCACCCUUGACACCAAGAAUGUGUUCAUCGAUGUUACUGGUACCGAUAAGACCAAGACCGACAUCGUCGUUAACACCAUGGUUGCCAUGUUCUCUGGUUACUGUAAGAAGCCCUUCGAAAUUGAACCGGUCAAGGUCAUCUCCGAACACAACGGUGAAACCAGAGUUGUUCCCAACGUCACCCCCAGAAAGGCUGAAGCUGAAAUCGACUACAUCAACUCGUGCGUGGGUCUUGACUACUCCGGCGACCAGAUCGCCGACUUGCUCAAGAAGAUGUCGUUGCAAGCUAAGCCUGCUGGUGACAACAAAUUGGAAGUUGAGGUUCCCAUCACUCGUUCGGACAUUUUGCACCAAUGUGACAUCAUGGAAGACGUGGCCAUCGCCUACGGUUACAACAACUUGAAGAAGACUAAGCCUAAGGCCGAAACUUUGGUUGCCCAACCUUUACCCGUGAACAAGGUUGCUGACAUUAUUCGUCAAGCUCUGGCGCAAGCUGGCUACGUGGAAACUUUGCCGCUUACCUUGUGCUCCCACGACGAAAACUUCAAGUUCUUAAGACAAGUCGAUGACAACAAGACCGCCGUCAAGUUGGAAAACCCCAAGACCGUUGAAUACCAAGUCGUGCGCACUACUUUGUUGCCCGGUAUUUUGAAGACCAUCAAGGAAAACCGUAAGCACUCUUUGCCCAUCAAGGUGUUCGAAUGCGGUGACAUUGUUCUCAAGAACCCUGAACUUGAAAGAGGUGCUUUCAACCAAAGAAACUGGUGUGCUGUGUACGCCGGUAAGACUUCUGGUUUUGAAUACGUUCAAGGUCUUCUCGGCAAGAUCAUGCAAACCAUGAGAACUAAGUGGUUGGAAGACCCCACCAAGGACCUGGGCCGGGGUUACUGGAUUGUGGAAGACAAGGAAAACCCUACGUUCUUUCAAGGUAGAGGUGCCAAGAUCAUGUUCAGACCCGCUGAAGGCGCUAAAGAACAACAUAUUGGUGCCAUCGGCGUUUUGCACCCUGAAGUGUUGCAAUACUUCGAAUUACCGUUCGCUGCAUCUUCCGUUGAGAUCAACGCUGAAGUGUUUUUGUAA